AUGAGUGAUUCAGUAAAUCAGCAUGAAACAUUAUCAAAUACGCAUCUUCAAUUCCCUCCGGUAAUUAUUCCAAAAAUCAAUUAUUUCCCAUGUUCUUCAAUCAAUCAGAAUGAAACUUCUUAUAUGAAAUUAAAUAUUCAUUGGCCUAAAUAUUUUCUAACACAUAAACCUGUUGCACCAAUGGAUGUAACAAGUGCAAGAUUAUCUUCAACAGUACCGUCUACUGGAUCACCGUCGAUAUUUCCAUUACGUCAACUAAAUGAAGAAACUGAGAAGAUUAACAAACAGACAUUGUAUACAUUUCAGAAAUCCCUUCCAGUAGCUUGUUUACAAUUGAAAAUACGAUUUCUUUCUAAUCGAACUGAUAGUAAAAUUGUAGUAAAUUUAGGAUCAAAUAAGCAAACUAUUCGAGCUCUACUCAACACUGAUGAUCCUAAUGACUAUAGCUACGAUCAAGAAUAUGAUAUUGAUGAUGAAGAUGAGCAACGCGAUCACUCAUCACCAUCGAGUACAUCAUCGUACACUUCGAGAACAAUGUCUCGAUUAGAUUGGUCAAUUUUUAAAGAACAGAUAUCAGAUUUACAAAAUAAUAAUAGUACUCUACCCUAUAAUAUAUGGAUAAAUGUUACAAUACCUAUAUAUACUACUAAUAAUAAUAAUACUGAAAAUACUGUAUACAACAAUCAGUACACAGAUGAACAUGAAUAUGCUGAAAACAAAUUAGUCAAUAUUAUAGCACAAUCAGAUGAAUGGAUAGCUUUCGCUACUGUUCAAUCAUUAAAUAUCCUAAGUACAAGUAAUGUAUGCCUUGAUGAUAUAUAUUUAUUUACAAUGCGGAAUCAAAAUCUACUCAAAUCUACUUGUCAACGCAAAGUAAGCUGGUUAAAUGCAAGUAGGAAUAAUUCUAUACAAAUUCUACGUAUUAAUUCACUUGGUUAUCCUAUACUGAAUAUGACUAGUAUUCGAAAUCGUAUGAACAGCAUCAAUAGCAAAAAUAAUAUCAUUAUACAAUCAUUCAAAUCAAUGAAUUCUAAGAAACAUCCAUUCUAUAAUGGUUAUCAUAUUUUAUGGAUUGCUGGUUCAUUAAUAUUAGCCUUAUUUAUUAUAUUCUUAGCUAUAUUAUUUAUAAUUACAUUUAGUCUAUCGGUUAUAUGUAGUCAACGAAAAAUUUCCACAAAUUCACCGGUGACUACUAUAAAUAAUGAUAUAAGUAGUCGAAAUAAAACUGGUGAAAAUUUUCAUCAGCAUAAUCGUCGAAAAGUGUAUUCACAUCGACAUCAUCAUCAUCAUCAUUGUGAAGAUAAUUCUAAAGAUGGUUUCCUUCAAAUAUUACCAGAAGAUCCAAUUAAUUCAUUAUUUAAUGAUAUGUCUUCAAAUUCACUGCAUGGUUUAUUGUAUCAUUCUCCAUUCAGUGGGCAACAACUAGAACUACAUUCUGAUCGGCAACAACAACAACAACAAAAGGUACAGCAAACUUCAACAGGACAUCAACAACACUUCUUGGAUGAUAAUUCCACUGAACUUAGUUUGUAUACACAAGAUGAUCAGAAUGAAUUGAUGAAUUCAGUAAACAGACAAACUGUUGAUGGUUCAGAUAAUGCCUCAGCAACAAGUGCAAUACAACUAUUGCGUAAUUGGAAUUUUUAUAAACAACGUGCUAUACCAUGUUGUCGGUGUUAUUCACCUACUGCUGUUGUAAAUGCUGUCAAAUACUCUGGUCUUGUCCAACCGAAUGCUUUAAAUACAUCAAUGUUUUUAUGCAUGGAGAAUCAUCCAUUAUUCAACGGGGAUUGUAAUCAUAACAAUAUUACAACGACAACAACUAAUAAUAGUAAUACAAAUGCAAUUACAUGUGAUAAUUUAGAGGAGAAUGUAAUGUAUCGAUGUCAUUCACGAGUUGGUUCACCUCGUCUACCACCUGCUAUGCCUGAAGGUCGACAAUCAUUGAUUUUAUCAGUUAACGCAAACAAUGAACUAGUUAUAUUACCACCACCAUCAUCAACAACAACAACGACUAAUUCUAGUACUACUGCUACUACUAAUGACAAUAACAGUAGUAGAUGUUAUAAUCAGAAAGAAAAUGUCUCACCGACAACACAGAAGGAAAGAAACACCGACAAUAUGUUUGGCGUGUUGAAUAGUCUAUCCGAGGAGGAUGCUGAAGCGACACGUCUAGAAAUGGCAGCGUCUGUUGGUGCAUUAGAUCAAUACUUACAUCAUGAAGAUAGAACACUAGAUGGUAUUGAUUAUACCUUGUCAACUGUUCCACGUUCAUUGAUAGGCAGUAGCGAACCACCGCCGAGUUACAGUGAUUCAUUACCUUCAUAG